GGAUUACUUAAUGUGCAUGACUCAGCGGCGUACGGCCGCUUGGCGACGCGUCAACAUUCAUUCUACGCUUUCUGGCCUUUCUUUUUCCUUGGGAGCACCACAAAUCGCGGUCUAGUGGAACGCGACACGUCGGGCAACGCUCUUAACCAAAGGGCCCGCAUUCCCGUGCACCACUAUCGACACCCCACCCGCAACCUUGAAGGAUGGCUCGUCGGAAUCGCGCUAGCGCUAAAGGUGGCGUUUCCAUCGUACCUGAAGCCGUGACAACUGCUUCUGAUUCCUCAAGCGAUUGCAGCACUCCUCCCCCAAGCGACAACGGUUCUUCUGAUCAAGGCCAUGACUAUUUCACGCAGGAAGAAUUUCACGGAUUUGUCCCGAGCCCUGAAGACGAUCUGAUAGCCAAACUAAGUAAGCUCUCUAUUCAUCAAGGUUGGUCCAAGAACGAGGAGAAGCGACGUCGCGCCGAAGUCGUUGAGUUUGAGGUAUUACGACACUACGGCCCCGACAAGUCGAGCCUGGCAAAGUGGCAGGAACUGUGUCGCGAUGUCAAGAUCGAUCCUAUACCACAGUCUAUCACACAGUGCAAGAAAGCUCUCUCACGCGUCUAUGUCAACAUCUUCAACAUCCUAGACCACCGGAACGACCCAGAGCGCUAUCCGGUCAUUACCUUCAAGAACUACAAGCUCUUCCGCGCAUACACCCUUAAGAGUCGUAUCUUCCCUUUGGAUCAAGCGAAGGAGGAAGGGUUUGUCAAAGCUCUUCUUCGUCCGCUCUUCAUGAACAAGAAGUAGGAAUAUUAGUGCAUCGGCGUCUCUGGAUACAAGGAGUUUGGGGGUGUUGUAGUUGGAGUAUGCGGCGGCGUUCGGGUUCUUACUGUCUCGAUGCGGUCUGGUCUACGAGCACCAAGUGGUAAUACAGUAAAUAGCGCGGGUACCCGAGGUUGGAAGCGGCUUCGACCCCCAACCUCAUGGGACUUAAAAGCGCACCGAAUAAUGAGGAGUGCUAUUAAUGGUAUCCUCCAGCAAAGUCG